UCCAGAGCAAGUUUGACGCAGUGAUCUCUGCGCUCUCGCACUGAGCCGGACGCAGCUUUAAACGACUUUCUGAGUCUUCCCUCCCUCUUAUGCGUAAUAUUUUUCUACGGGCCAGAAAAACCAGAAAAACGUUUAGAGCUGUUUAAUCCCUUUUUGAAUUUUUGAUGGUGAUCCCUAUCGGACAGUAAACGGUGAUGGCAGACUCUGAUACGCAAGAGGCUCGCCAACCUGCAAAAGAUUCACCAUUCUCAAUAAAGAACCUGCUGAAUAUUGAAGACAAACCCACCAAACCGAAAAGCAUCCUCGGAUCGCACAAGGCGGUUUUGGAAGGCAGUUUCUUUUCUCGGCUUGGUGACUUGUCUGUCCCUCGAUUUGAGCUGCCAACACAGAGAAUUGGACUAUCUGCGCAAUAUCUGGAAAGAGCUUCUACCUGGUGGUACCCGUAUACACUUGGAGCACAUUUUAGGACUGGAGGGUCUGAGAAACUUAACUUGAGGGAAGCAUCACAGGCAGCAGACAGGCGCUCCCCGGAUCUCCAGAAAAGUGACCAAGAUGCCAAAGAUGAAAGCGCCGACGACGAUAUCGCCCUGGAUGAAAGUGACUCGGAGGAGCCAAAGAAAGAAACAGACCAGGAGGACGACUGGAGGAGAAAAACCGACGAGCUGGACUCCGAGAAGAAGCCCUGUCGGAAGAAGAAGACGCGCACCGUGUUUUCCAGAAGUCAGGUCUUUCAGCUGGAGUCCACUUUCGACAUUAAGCGCUACCUGAGCAGUUCAGAGAGGGCAGGCCUGGCCGCGUCCCUGCACUUGACCGAGACGCAGGUGAAAAUCUGGUUCCAGAACCGGAGGAAUAAGUGGAAAAGGCAGCUGGCCGCCGAGCUGGAGGCGGCCAACCUGAGCCACGCGGCAGCACAGAGGAUUGUGCGGGUUCCCAUACUCUACCACGAGAAUGGAGCCCCUGAAACGAGCGGAGGCCCUGCUACAAACUCACCGGGGAGCCAGGCGCUCCUGGCUUUCCCUCACCACAUGUACUAUUCUCACCCAGUCCCGCUGCUGAGACCUGUUUAACAAUUGUGUCAUAAAGCAUUGUAUAUAUGUUUUUAACUGAGAGUGAUUAAUUGAGAAAAAAAAAUACAAUUUUGUAUAUUUUGUAGAUUGAACGGACACUGCUCAUUAUUAUUAUUAUUAUAUUAUUAUUAUUAUUAUUAUGUGUAACGAUCCUUUAUUCUACUGAAGUGUCCUUGAGCAAGACAGGGUCCCUUUUACAGCUCUCACGAGAGUGAAGAACACAAUAAAAACGAUUUUCUGGUUAUUAUUAUUAUUAUUAUCAUUAUUAUUAAUCUAAAAUGGCUGCAUAUAUUUGAAUGUAUUAUGAACAGGGUUGGCUGUCUAUAUGUAAUUUACAGAAAUUUGUGUCAGUGUUUGAAAGUGGGAUUAAAUAUUUUGAUAUUUUCCAAUAUUGUGCAAUACUGUUGGCUUCAUAUUAGGCUACCAGGCUUUGUCACCUAUAGGCCUAUAGCUCACUUUGUAAUAGGACAAUCAUGUGAUUCUUAAAAUACUCAAAAACUGCAGAUAAUACAGGCGUUUGUCUUUAUGACGCAGUGGGUGGCGUAAUUUUAAAGCCAUGAAAAAGCCAAAAAAGCCUCUGUUUU